GGAGAGCGGGCGCCGGCCCCUUGGAGCGCUCGGGCUGUGCGCCCUGGUGCGGGGGCGCCGCAGGCGAGCAGUCUGGCGUAAUGACAAACACAUUUGGCCUGGAGUGAAGAAGUCGUCAUCACCUCGCGCUCCAGCAGCUGGGACUUAAGGACUUUGGAACGACGCUCUGAGGGGUCCUCGCCGUGCGCGGUGGUCCCCACCCCCACCGGUCCGGGCUCGUCCGCCGCCUUGGCGGGGUGGCUCCUGCAAAACCUGGGGCUGGGCCGCAGACUGGAACGACGAACAGGCUCUAAGAACUUAGAGGAGGAACGUCAGUGGCCUCGGGACGAAGGCGAUCGGUGCGAGCUGUGUGGCGCGAUGGGACCCUCCCCUCCGGCCUUCCUGGUCCUGGUCCUUGGCUGGCUCCUGGCAGGACCGAGCCUCACGCGCUGCCAGCUCCCGCUACCCUCCAUCUCCCCCGGCGACAGCGAGAGGGUGGUGCCACUGAACUCCUCUUUUACCCUGCGCUGCUCCGGGGAGAGUGAAGUGAGCUGGCAGUACCCCGUGUUCGAGGACGAGGGCCCCAGGGUGGACGUCAGGAGCGAGGAGAACAACACUGGCUAUUUUGUGGCCGUGCUGGAGGUGGGCACUGCCACCGCGGCCCAUACGGGCUUGUACACCUGCUACUACAACCACACACAGACGGAGGACAGCGACGUGGAAGGCAGCCACGUGUACAUCUACGUGCCAGACCCGGACGUCGCCUUCGUGCCCCUGGGGAUGACCGACUACCUGGUCAUCGUGGAGGACGACGACUCGGCCAUCAUCCCGUGUCGCACCACCGACCCCGAGACCCCCGUCACCCUGCACAACAGCCAGGGCCUGGUGCCCGCCUCCUAUGACAGCCGGCACGGCUUCAACGGCACCUUCACCAUGGGGCCCUAUGUGUGUGAGGCCACCGUGCGCGGGAAGACCGUGCAGACCAUCCCCUUCAACAUCUACGCCUUGAAAGCGGCGUCGGAGUUGGAUCUGGAAAUGGAAGCGCUCCAGACUGUGUACAAGGCAGGGGAGACGAUCGUGGUCACCUGCGCCGUCUUCAACAACGAAGUGGUGGACCUGCAGUGGACUUACCCCGGGGAGAUGAAGGGCAAAGGUGUCACAAUGCUGGAAGAAAUCAAAGUCCCCACGCUCAAGCUGGUGUACACGCUCACGGUCCCCAGGGCCACGGUGAAGGACAGCGGGGACUACGAGUGCGCCGCCCGCCAGGCCACCAGGGAGGUCAAAGAGAUGAAGAAAGUCACCAUCUCCGUGCAUGAGAAGGGGUUCGUGGAGAUCAAGCCCACUUUCAACCAGUCGGAGACCGUCAACCUGCACGAAGUGAAGCAUUUCGUGGUGGAGGUGCGCGCCUACCCCCCGCCCAGGAUCUCCUGGCUGAAGGACAGCCGGACUCUGAUCGAGAAUCUCACCGAGAUCACCACGGACGUGGAGAAGGUGCAGGAGACGCGGUAUCGAUGUAAGUUGAAGCUCAUUCGGGCCAAGGAGGAAGACAGCGGCCAUUACACCAUCGUGGCUGAGAACGAAGACGACGUCCAGAGCUACACGUUCGAGCUCUUAACUCAAGUGCCCGCGUCCAUCCUGGACCUGGUGGACGACCACCACGCCCCCACCGGGGGACAGACGGUGAGGUGCACGGCUGCGGGCACGCCUCUUCCGGAUGUCGAAUGGAUGACCUGCAAGGAUAUCAAGAGGUGUAACAAUGAAACCUCGUGGACGGUUUUGGCCAACAAUGUGUCCAAUAUCAUCACGGAGACCCACCUCCGGGGCAGGGGCACCGUGGAGGGCCGGGUGACCUUCGCCAAGGUGGAGGAGACCCUUGCCGUCCGCUGCCUGGCCAGGAAUCCUCUGGGGACGGAGAACCGCGAGCUCAAGCUGGUGGCUCCCACCCUGCGCUCGGAACUCACGGUGGCGGCCGCGGUGCUGGUGCUGCUGGUGGUUGUGAUCGUCUCGCUCAUUAUCCUGGUUGUCAUCUGGAAGCAGAAACCCAGGUACGAGAUUCGCUGGCGGGUCAUCGAGUCCAUCAGCCCCGACGGCCAUGAAUACAUUUACGUGGACCCCAUGCAGCUGCCGUACGACUCGCGGUGGGAGUUCCCACGAGAUGGACUUGUGCUGGGUCGCAUCUUGGGAUCCGGGGCCUUUGGGAAAGUGGUGGAAGGGACAGCCUACGGACUGAGCCGGUCCCAGCCGGUCAUGAAGGUGGCGGUAAAGAUGCUGAAACCCACAGCCAGGUCCAGCGAGAAGCAGGCUCUCAUGUCCGAGCUGAAGAUCAUGACUCACCUGGGGCCGCAUCUCAACAUCGUCAACCUGCUGGGAGCCUGUACCAAGUCAGGCCCCAUUUACAUCAUCACCGAGUACUGCUUCUAUGGGGAUUUGGUCAACUAUCUGCAUAAGAACAGGGACAGCUUCCUGAGCCGCCACCCAGAGAAGCCCAAGAAGGAGCUGGACAUCUUUGGAUUGAACCCUGCGGAUGAAAGCACACGGAGCUACGUGAUUCUGUCUUUCGAGAACAAUGGUGACUACAUGGACAUGAAGCAGGCCGACGGCACGCAGUACGUCCCCAUGCUGGAACGGAAAGAGGUGUCCAAGUACUCGGACAUCCAGCGCUCGCUGUACGAUCGCCCGGCUUCCUACAAGAAGAAGUCCGCACUAGAGUCCGAAGUCAAAAACCUCCUUUCGGAUGACAACGCGGAAGGCCUCACCUUGUUGGAUCUGUUGAGCUUUACCUACCAAGUCGCUCGAGGAAUGGAAUUUUUGGCUUCAAAAAAUUGCGUGCACCGGGACCUGGCCGCGCGCAACGUGCUCCUGGCACAAGGGAAGAUUGUGAAGAUCUGUGACUUCGGCCUGGCCAGAGACAUCAUGCACGAUUCCAACUACGUCUCCAAAGGCAGUACCUUCCUGCCCGUGAAGUGGAUGGCCCCCGAGAGCAUCUUCGACAACCUCUACACCACGCUGAGCGACGUGUGGUCCUACGGCAUCCUGCUCUGGGAGAUCUUCUCUCUCGGGGGCACACCCUACCCUGGCAUGAUGGUGGACUCCACCUUCUACAACAAGAUCAAAAGCGGCUACCGGAUGGCCAAGCCUGACCACGCCACCAGUGAAGUCUACGAGAUCAUGGUGAAGUGCUGGAACAGCGAGCCCGAGAAGCGGCCCUCCUUUUACCACCUGAGCGAGAUCGUGGAGAGUCUGCUGCCCGGACAGUAUAAAAAGAGCUAUGAGAAGAUCCACCUGGACUUCCUGAGGAGCGACCACCCUGCCGUGGCGCGCAUGCGCGUGGACGCCGACAGCGCGUACCUGGGCGUCACCUACAAGAACGAGGAGGACAAGCUGAAGGACUGGGAGGGCGGCCUGGAUGAGCAGAGGCUGAGCGCCGACAGCGGCUACAUCAUCCCCCUGCCCGACAUCGACCCCGUGCCCGAGGAGGACGAGGAGGACGGGGGCAAGCGCAACCGGCACAGCUCGCAGACCUCGGAGGAGAGCGCCAUCGAGACGGGUUCCAGCAGCUCCACCUUCAUGAAGAGAGAGGAUGAGACCAUCGAGGACAUGGACAUGAUGGACGACAUUGGCAUGGACUCCUCAGACCUGGUGGAGGACAGCUUCCUGUGAGCCGCAGGUCCCCGCGUGUUCCCGGAGCUGCCUUGGGAUCCUUUUCAGAAAACCACUCUAUUGCAAGGCAGAGGUGGAGAGGAUGACGUGGGGGUGCAGGACAAGGAGACCCCGGCCCGGGACUCCCCGGGGCGGGGCUGGGGGCAGAGGGAGCCGUGUGACCAGCCUCGGAGCAGGGCUGGGACGCUUGGAGGCGGACGCUGCGGGCACUGCCUCUUGCUUCGCCAGCCUCUGCGGCGUGGGGAGUUCAAGGGCGCGGUGGACCCCGGGAGGUGAGCUCUGGGUCUCAAGUCCACGUGCACAGCCGGAGUCGCGCCGAAGCUGCAGCGUCGCUGUUAUGUACGUAAAUCUGAACGAAGCCCUGGUGAGAGAUGUGUCCUGUCUCCUCUGGACUUCGGAGACACCACUCAGCCCAGGCGUGUCUCUCCCUGUCGGAGCCGGGCUGCCGCUGGCUCUGGACUCCCAGUGUUGUACAAAACCACUUCGGAACCUUCAAAGGUGCUGGUCUUGGGAGCAUCUUAGUUGUGCGUAGCGCAGAGUCAUUAACCAGCCUCGUUUAAUAGACGUGUGUCGUUUAGAAGCCCCCAGCCGCCUUUUCGUAUCGUAACCUAUGUUUAUAAUCAUACUACUGUCAUUAGUGAUGCUAAGUGUGUAACACGUAACACGGGGUCCUGCCCGAGAAAGCACAAGUUAAAAAAAAAAACAAAACCUAAGUAGGUGACAGGUUUGCAACUUUUGACACUUUUUUUUUUAAAGAGCUUAUGUUUCCCCAUAAAUGAUGUUGAUCGCCGCAGUGGGUCAGACAUCAGAGAACAAGGUCACAGUUGUCCCGGAAGUCAUGGACUUUGGUUGUGUACAAGUAGCUCCCCCUGCCUGCGGUACUGAAUGGGACAAGAGACGAGCCCGGGUCCCCUGACCUCAGCGUCCCCGGUGUCCACCCGGGCCAGCAUCACCCUGAGGGAAAGAGCAGCAGAGAUCCUGUCUGGCCCCAAAGAGAAAGCGCUAGAAACCCGAGGCUGGGAGUAGAGGGGGGUGGUUAGUGACGGCUGUGUGUGUGCACCCCGGCUCUCCAGCCCCCAGGGAACUGGCAGCCCGCAGCCCGGAUUCUGGAAUUGGGAGUGGAUGGGCAGCCAGCACCCAUGUUCUGUUCUGAUGAGCCAAGUUUCAGGAGCACUGGCAUGGGUUCCUGGGGGUUGCCAUGGGAAAAGCAAUGAUUUGAAAUUUGGAGCUGGGCUGGAGGGCACCGUGCGGAAGCCCGCUAUGUAAGUCCCCGGUGCCUGGCCGUGCGUCCAGAUGGCUACCCUCAACCCAGCCGGCUCAGCCAAGGGUCAGGGUCAGGACACUGACUCUGGGUGUGGGCAGGUCUUCCUCAAGGUAAGGCCACUGCUUCUCCCUGCCUGAAGGGGACCGGCUCCUGCCCACCCCCACCCCCAGCCCAUGGACAAACACCUACAGAAGUGAUGCCACUCACGCUGCCGCCGCUCUGCACGACCAGGCCAGCGUUUUGCUCCUCCAAGAGGUGAAACCAUUUCAGUGGUAUACCGGGCGAUGCACUGUCACUCACGCCGGCCAGGGUGGGUUCACCUUCUCGGCCGUGUCGCUUAAUUGCUGACACCCAGGGCGUGACGCGUGCCAGGUGCGGGAGCCACCCUGAGGCGCUUUCUCAGCUACCCUCUGCAUGGCCAGUGUGCGGUCUGAGCUGGAUCGGCCAGCUAACGAGCUGACUGGGUUCUGUAGCGCCAGCGAGACCUCGGGUGCCCUGUGUGGCUAGAAUCGCACCUUGGGGGUCCUCUUUGUCCCUCGCCUGCCCUUCGACAGCCCGCUCUUGCCACUCUGGUCAUCGAAGCUGUGGACUCGCAUGUCACCACGAGACCGGGUGCAAAUCCAUGGCCAGGCUGAGCGCACACUUCUACCUGGGGCCGCGUUGUUACUUUUUGCUUUUUUUUUUUUAAGAGUCCCGUGUAUCUCCGAUCUGUGUCCCAUUUGCUUCCUGCAAAAUCCCCAGAAAAAGACAAUUGGCCACUGCUUCCCACUCUUUGUUUUUUUUUUUCCUGAUGACAAUCAAAGCCGGCGUGGGCGACGCAGCGUGCGGCUGUGGCCGCGCUGUGGUCUGCCUGCGUGCACAGAGCGGUCCUGUUUGUCUGAGAGGGACGUUGUGAUGCAAUGAUGUUAUACAUCGAUGUGUACAUAUGUGUAGCUACGUAGCCCUGCAGAAUACUGCCAAAACACGUACGACGAGCUGUCUCACUGCCUUUGUUUAUAUUUUUUUAACUGUGAUAUUCCCUAUAGGCACAUUAACUGCUGCACUUUCGAAUGUCCAAAAUUUAUAUUUUAGACAUAAUAAAGAGAAGAAGACUUAAGGUGUUCCCCAAACAGUGGUGUGGAGAGUGUGUGAGGACUAACUGGUUGGGGAGGGAGGGUCUCCCGAGACAAAAUGUAUUACAGAUGCCCCCGCCCCGUUCCCGUUUUCAUUUUAUGACAUGUAAAUGAAGAUCUUUAUAUUUCAA